GGACUUCGUUUUAUCAAACCGAACGAGGAAAAUCCGAACAAACCGAUGCAAAUCUGGUCGCAGGGCGAAACCGAAUUUAAUCGUUACUGGUUUCCGUCAUACGAUUCGCCGAACGAUUUUCGCACUUCCGAACUAAAGGCAACGGUCGAUAAAAAAUACACCGUCGUUUCAAACGGCAGACUUGUCGAAGUCAAGGAAAACGCGGACGGAACGCAUACUUUUCAUUGGAAAAUGGAUAUUCCUUACACCAACUAUCUGACUUCCAUCGUCGUUGGCGAAUAUACCGAUGUGAAGCAGGAAUGGAACGGCAUUCCGGUCAAUAAUUUCGGUUACAAAAAUGAAACGAAAGAGGUUGCCGCAACCGUCAAAAAUCUGCCUGAUAUGAUCGAUUUUUUCUCGAAAGUAACGGGCGUUAAAUAUCCUUACCCGAAAUAUGCGCAAACCUUUGUCGAAGAUUUCGGCGGCGGAAUGGAAAACAUUUCGGCGACCACGAUGAUCGAAGAAAUGAUCCACGACGAACGCGAAUUGAUCGAUCAGGAUUCGGAUUCGUUACAGGCGCACGAACUCGCGCAUCAAUGGUUCGGCGAUCUCGUUACGACCCGCGAUUGGGGACAGAUUUGGCUCAACGAAUCGUUUGCAACCUAUUUCGACGCGCUGUAUCACGAAAAAUCGAAAGGUCACGAAGAUUUUCUCUAC